GAAGUGAUGUAUGUCGGAUUAAAGUGCGCAGGAGCAUCCCGGGUCUGUUUGGUUGCGCAAUCUUGCAGGUCGAGUCUGGUUACCUGCGAGUUUGCUACGCUUUACAGAUCCAAACUGUUGCCGUGCACCUUCACUGUUGACAUACGCGGAACAAUUCGCAUUUCUACAGCAUUUUAAGUAUUUCUCACGCUGGUUGCAGACAGGCUUGGUAACAUGUCUCUGCAUUCAGCUCUAAUUGGAAGCACUGCACUCGGGAUUAUGUCCACUGUGGUGUUUUGCAGAGAGACUAGAAUGGAAACUUAUCUUGAAGAAUAAUGAAGGUGACCAAUCGAAGUAUAGAAAGAACAUUAUAGCAGCAACACACGAUGGAUACUCGACGGAAAAAGAAGUUAACAUUUUUCACCAUUGGACUCAUCUUUCUUCUAAGCGGUAUAGAAUAUGCUGUGAUAUUGCCAACAAUAUGGAGGUACUUGCAGACUUUAAAUGCAGCACCUUACUUCUUGGGUUUGGCUCUAUCAGCAUUCAGCCUGAGUGGUCUCCUCACAGGACCGCUGUUUGGUCACUGGUCUGACAGAACACGAACCACCAAGAAGAUCAUCUUGUUUGCCAACGUUUUUGAGAUAGUUGGUAAUUUCAUGUACUUCAUGGGCUACUCCAAGUGGCUCUUACUGUCAAGCAGACUGGUGGCAGGCAUCGGCACAGGUGCUGGCUCAUCCAUCUUUGGCUUCCUGACCAGAAGCACAGCCCCAGAAGAUCGCGCCACUGUAUUUGCCGCUGUCAUGGCAUGUCGACAGGCUGGCCUUCUGAUUGGUCCAGCAUUUAACAUCUUCCUGAGGCUGUGUGAUUUCCACCUUGGUCCUUUUGUGGUCAAUAAAUAUACUGCACCAGGGUUGUUCAUGUGUCUGCUGUGGAUUCUCCUUCAACUGGCUGUGGUCUUCAUGUACUGGGACCUACCACCUCUGGAGAGAGGGAAGGCCAAGGAGAGUUCGACAAGCAAGAGCAAGGAGAUGGAGAACAAGCAAGGACUUAUGGAAGAUGAGGAAGAGGGUGAUGAUGAGGGAAAGCCACUAAUGGCGUCCCAGGAGCUGGCGGGUUCCUAUGGCUCAGUGGUGACACCCAACCCAACCAGGAACCACACCUCUGCUGCCCCCCAUGCGAUACUGAAUGAUGUCUCGAUGCCUUCUUCUCCCGUGCCACCAGAGUCCCACGAGCCCCCCAGCCACUUUAAGAAUUUCAGCGUAACCCGAGAGUUCCUGAGAGAAGAGGUGGUUGUGCUGCUGGCUGCUCAGUUCAUCACCCUCUUCAAUCAGACAGCACUGGAGACCAUGGUGACUCCACUGACUCAGAAGUACUUCAACUAUGGGGAGCUGGAAAACAGCGUUAUGUAUUGUCUCUGCGGUGUGGAGGUGAUCGCUGGCUUCGUGUUUGUGCGCUGGCUGAGUCAGCGUGUUGCUGAGCGGGUGGUUCUGGCCAUCGGCCUCAUCAUCUGCAACAUCUCCUGUAUCUGGUGCCUCAUCUUCCUGGCUAACCCACUGGGUGGUUUUCCAUGGCAGCUGACAGAGUUCAUCAUUGGGGUGUUUUUGCAGGUUUUGGGGUUGCCAUUUGUAGCUGUGGCCCAGGUUUCCCUCUUCUCCAAAGUCACUGCAGAGAGAACACAAGGUUUCAGUCAGGGAGUACGUCGCUCAGUUGGCGGUCUAGCUACCAUCCUGGGCCCUCUGUGGGCUGGUGGCCUUACUGGGAACAUGUAUAUCAUGAUGGGAGUAAUGAUGGCACUCCUGGCAUUGCUAACAAUGAUGCUGGCUUUCUCAUAUGACCGACUGGUUGAACCUGCUGCAGAGGAGGAAGAAGAAAGCCCAGAGAACUCCGGUUAAUCCAGCUGGAGAAGUGGAUAUGAAAGAGUACAGUGGGAGGUUCCCGCCUCACAGACCCUCCACAGUCCCACUCCGUGCUUUGGGACCAACGUGCAGGGUGAUAAUACACACCAACAGCACACACCUCACGAGUGCUUCCCUAAAGCUUGGACUCGUCAGUUUUGUACACAGAGGCUGAUGAAAGUACUGAUUUGGUGUAUUUGUAUAUUUCCCAUGGAAAUAUGGAAUCGUGCUGACACUGCAUGUGUCCAAGCGUUGGAUGAAAAUUGUUUCCAUCCAUUUGUGUUUUGCACUAAGUACCAGCGAGGUGCAUCACACAUUCUGCGUGUGUUUCAGCACAUGCAAUAUAACACUUAUUGUUAAAUUAACAUGCCAAAUUGUUUAUUAAAUGGUUUAUUAAAGGUUUAGCUGACUUAUGUCCUUGUGCUGUAGGACAAUUGGCCUUGAAGAAAUAUGAUUUCAGUCAUAUUCACAUUUAUAUUCACAUCCAUUUUAUUUACAUCUGAUAUAACAAAGGUUCUCCCUGAACACAGCUAAACAAUUGCAAUAACUUUAUUUUCAUUGCAAAUUGCAUAAAUUAAUUUAAAUGCUGAACUAUAUAUUUUGUGAAUUAAUUCAGGGUGGCUGCUACCAUUCAAUCAGUGUGUUGAGUGUCUAAAAGAACUGCUAACUCUAAGAAUUGAAUUAAUCUGGGUUUUAAGUGAAAGUUUUUCAUCCCGUGGUGAUAAAAAUGCUGUUUCAAAGGUUUCACAGGGCUUAUCCCAACCAUACAAGCAAUGCAAUUCUCAGGGAAAUGCUCAGUACCUGUAGUUUUUCAUGUGAAAAUGGUCCUAGGUUAGAUGGUUAGAUAUUAAAUUUCACAAUAUCACCUGAAAGUAUAACUUAAAAAACUUUUUGAUGAAAGUGGCUAUUUAAACUUUUAAACUUCUGGGCGUAGAGGAGAUUAAAUAAUAAAAUGUGUCUUGCUUUGCUUUGCUUUGAAAAGAGCAGAGCGAUUAAAAAAAAAAAAAAAUUCUGUUUGAUGCUGGUGUAGUACAUAUUUUCAACACUGGUGGGCACUCUUAGUCUUUCUUCUGAAGUAUAUCAUUGCCAUUACUGAGCCUAAUGUUUAGUAUGUAAUCUCAGUCAUCCAGAAAACUCCAUAAGGUCAAGUGCAGUGUUACAAAAAUAUUUAAAAAAUCUGCUUUAUUGGAAACUUUAGUGCUUUCAAAGUCUUGUAGGUGUUUUAGGUUCACAGUAUGAUAGAACAUGCACAUCAACCAGUCUCAGAACAGUUAUUUGCAAAGGCUUUAACUUAUGUCUUUAUCUCUUGAAGAAUCUGUUCAGGUUUUAUACUCACAAAUCAAAAUUAUGUUGUGAACUGAGACUAUUUAUUUCCUAUUUAUUAUGCAUUUAUUUAUUAGAUAUUUUGUGGGCACCUAACAUGUACAUUAACUUUUUUUGUAUUCCUUGUCUCUAUACGGAAAAGAUAAAUCUUCCACUAUGCUUCA